CCCGAGAAAUUUGCUCUGCGAGGACCAAAUCAGAAAAAACCAAAGACAAAAUCCCUUUUCCUGUUUCUGUUUCUGCACAAAUAUCCAUUUAAAUCCAGGUAUUAGUGUAUGGAUUCCAAGUCUGUUGUGGAUAUGAUAGAGGCCUCCUCAGGGGUCCAUUUCUCUGGGUUCCAUAUGGAUCCUUUGGAGUCGACAAUUAUUGAGAAAUCCACAACCUCACCCUCAACUGACAAUAUGCACAAACAACCUUUUGUUAUUGGGGUUGCUGGUGGAGCUGCAUCUGGUAAGACUGCAGUCUGUGAUAUGAUUAUUCAACAACUUCAUGAUCAGCGUGUUGUACUUGUUAAUCAGGAUUCAUUCUAUAACAACCUCACUGAAGAGGAGCUUGCAAGAGUUCAUGAAUACAACUUUGACCAUCCAGAUGCAUUUGACACUGAGAAAUUAUUAGAUUCAAUGGAUAAGUUGAGACAUGGCCAAGCAGUAGAUGUUCCAAAGUAUGACUUCAAGAGUUACAAAAGCAAUCUGUUUCCAGCAAGAAGGGUCAAUCCAUCAGAUGUCAUAAUUUUAGAAGGCAUACUUAUUUUUCAUGAUCCUCGUGUCCGGGAGCUGAUGAACAUGAAGAUAUUUGUUGAUACAGAUGCUGAUGUACGAUUGGCAAGGAGGAUAAGGCGUGAUACGGUUGAGAAGGGAAGAGAUAUUGCCACAGUGCUUGAUCAGUACUCAAAAUUUGUAAAGCCUGCUUUUGAUGAUUUUAUUCUUCCAACAAAGAAGUAUGCUGAUAUUAUUAUUCCACGAGGAGGAGAUAAUCACGUGGCCAUUGAUUUGAUUGUGCAACAUAUUCGCACCAAGCUUGGUCAGCAUGAUCUCUGUAAAAUCUACUCAAAUCUAUAUGUCAUUCAAUCAACUUUUCAGAUUCGAGGUAUGCAUACCCUCAUACGUGACUCUCAAACAACAAAACAUGACUUUGUUUUUUAUGCUGAUCGGUUGAUUCGUUUGGUUGUUGAACAUGGCCUAGGACACCUGCCAUUUACAGAAAAACAGGUGAUCACUCCAACUGGGUCUGUUUAUACUGGUGUGGAUUUUUGUAAAAGGUUGUGUGGUGUGUCUGUUAUUAGGAGUGGUGAGAGCAUGGAGAAUGCUUUGCGAGCAUGUUGCAAGGGUAUCAAGAUAGGGAAGAUUCUGAUUCAUAGGGAAGGUGACAAUGGUCAGCAGGUUUGGAAAUUGAAUGGCUUCUCUAUUGUGUGUGUGUGUAUGCAAGAGUGAUUUUCUCCUAAUUGUUGACUGCUCCAUGCUUCAAUGAUUAACCAGCUUAUCUAUGAAAAAUUGCCACUAGACAUAUCAGAACGGAAUGUAUUGCUACUGGAUCCCAUUCUAGGAACAGGUUUGUCUGUUUAUUAUGGUUGAUAGUGCUCUUUUGUCAAGCUUGUAUGCUUUUGAGUUUUUCAUUUUUCCUGGCCUUUUUAAUUCUCAUCUGGUUUGCAUGCCUACCUGUUUUUGUGCCAUCUAUCCAGUCGGUAUUCAUCCACCCCUAGAAAAUUAUCUGGUAUUUUUUCCACCUAAGAAGGGACCUAUAGCUCAUUCUGUGAACUAAUCUAAAAUCUCUUAUCUCAUGAGGGCUGCUCUUAUUUUUCUUGGCUUGUAUGCUAAUUCUAGUCAUACACACUAGAAGUAGUUCUGCACAGAUAUUCCAUUAUUACUUAAUAUCGGAAGAAUCUAAUUAAUUGAUUGAUAAUUACUCUUCUCGUUUAUAAAGUUUAACAUAUCAGGCUUCUAUACAGGCAAUUCAGCUGUUCAAGCUAUAAAUUUACUUAUAAGCAAAGGUGUUCCAGAGUCCAACAUCAUUUUUCUCAAUCUCAUUUCCGCACCCCAGGGUGUGCAUGUGGUGUGCAAAAGCUUCCCAAGAAUAAAGAUAGUGACAUCUGAGAUUGAUAUCGGACUAAAUGAAGAUUUUCGUGUUAUUCCUGGCAUGGGAGAGUUUGGAGACCGAUAUUUUGGUACAGAUGAUGAUUACCAGCAAGUCACUCUGAAAUAGUUCAGUUAACAAUGCCAAAUACUUCUACCUCAAGUCUUCUUGGAUAUUAUGAUGCAGAUUUCUGGGAACCAGCUGAAUUUUCUUGGGUUGUGUUGGUCAUUGCAAUACGAGUUUUAGAAACAAUUUUGACUUGAUUAGACAUAAAAUUCCGAAUGUUUUGUUUUUCAUAUUUUUUAAGAGGAAACUCGAGUUACACUAGGGAUGGGGAUGCCAUUGAUGCAUCUCCAUCUUGUCAUCAUAAACAUCAAGAAAACAGCAAGCCAAAAAAUCCCCCACUGAAGAAAAAGCUUGCUGUAAUUUCUUUGUAUGGUUUUCACAAGGGAUGAUUAACUACUGUCCCAAAACUUCAUAAUGGCCAUUACCCGUCUCCACAUGAUAUAUGUAUUUGUAAAACCUUACAGUUUGCUUAUUAUAUUGGCUGAAAAAGAGAAACUAGUGGCAGCCAGAAAAUAAGCUGCCCCUGAAGAACAGGAUGAGACUUGAGUCUUUCCAUACGAUAUUGAGUUGAGUUGGGAUAAAACGGGGAUUUAAGA